AUGCAUUCACUUAUUUAUUUUGCUUUCUUGAGCAUUUCAUUAGUAUUAGCCUCAUCUCCUACUAAUGGAUAUGCCCCAGGUAUAGUUCAAUGUCCCUCAGAUGAUUCAAAUCUUACAUUUAUCAGAGAAGCCAAUUCAAUUUCUGACCUGGAAAAAGAAUGGAUUUCAAAUAGACAAUUAAAAACAAAUGAAGCAUUAAUCGAAUUUUUAAGUUCAGCAAAUUUAAGUGAUUUCAAUGCUGAAGAAUUUAUUACUUCUGAUGAUUAUCAAGGUAUUAAUCUUGGAUUGGCAUUUUCAGGAGGUGGCUAUCGUGCCAUGUUGGGUUCUGCAGGUGCAUUAAUGGCAUUAGAUGAUAGAAAUUCUUUUGAUACUCCAUUAGGUGGUAUUUUACAAAGUGCAAAUUAUAUUUCUGGAUUAUCUGGAAGUUCAUGGUUAUUGGGAUCAUUAGCAAUGCAAAAUUUUACUACUGUUGAAGAAGUUGUUUUUGAAAACCCAUACGAUUUAUGGAAUUUAACAGAAUCAAGACAAUUAGUUAAUCAAACUAAUUUAUGGAAAAUUAUUUUGCCAGUAAUUGGAAAUAAUUUAACUAGUGCUUUAAGUUUUAUGAAUUUUUGGAGUAAUAAUAAACAAGGUAUCAAAUAUGAUUUGGCUGCUAAAAUGAUGGCCGGUUUUGAAACUUCAUUGACUGAUGCUUGGUCAAGAGGUUUAGCUCAUCAAUUAUUCCCACAAGAUGAUAAUAAUUAUGGUAGUAGUGCCACUUGGAGUGACAUUAGAGAUUCCACAGCUUUUGCUAACCAUGAUAUGCCAUUCAUGUUUGUUACUGCUUUAGGAAGACGUCCAGGUACUGUUGUUUUCAAUUUGAAUUCCACUGUUAUUGAAAUGAAUCCAUUUGAAUUUGGUUCUUUUGAUCCUUCUUUAAAUACUUUUACAGAUAUUAAAUAUUUGGGUACUCCAGUUGAUAAUGGUAAGCCAGUAAAUGCUUGUGUCAAUGGUUUUGAUAAUGCAGGAUUUGUUGUUGGUACAUCAUCUUCAUUAUUCAAUCUGUUUAUGAACACUUUGGUUUGUGAUGAUUGUAAUUCUUUAAACUUUAUUGUUAAAAUUGUGUUGAAGAAAUUAUUGACUUACUUAUCUGUUACCACUGAAGAUGUUGCUCUUUAUAAACCAAAUCCAUUUUAUAAUUCUGAAUUUGCUAGUUCCGAAAAUAUCACCACUAAUGAUACUUUAUAUCUUAUUGAUGGUGGUAUUGGAGGAGAAUCCAUCCCAUUAUCUACCUUGAUGGUUAAACAAAGAGAAUUAGAUGUUGUACUUGCUUUUGAUUACAAUACUGAUACUUCUACUAGUUGGCCAGAUGGAAGUGCAUUGAUUUCAAGUUAUGAACGUCAAUUUGCUCAACAAGGUUCAUCAAGUCUUUGUCCAUAUGUUCCUGAUUCAAAUACAUUCUUACAAAAAGGAUUCACAGCAAGACCAGCAUUUUUUGGAUGUGAUGCUAAAAACUUGACUGAUUUAAUGAAAGAUGACGUUGUUCCUCCAUUAGUUGUUUAUUUUGCUAAUAGACCAUAUGAAUAUUAUUCAAAUGUUAGUACUCUUUCCUUGACUUUUACUGAUGAACAGAAAAAAGGAUUGAUUCAAAAUGGAUUUGAUGUUGCAUCAAGAUUGAAUAAUACCAUUGAUCCAAAUUUCAAAUCAUGUAUUAGUUGUGCUAUUAUUAGAAGAGAACAAGAAAGAAGAGGAAUUGAACAACUGGAACAAUGUAAACAAUGUUUUGAACAAUAUUGUUGGGAUGGAACUUAUGCUGAAGAUAAAAAUCCAAAUUAUGUUAAUUUCACCGAUUCUGGUUUGACCAACGAUACUACUGUAUUCUAUGGUGGUGUUAAUGCAUCUGUUACUUCAACUAGUAGUAGUAGUUCUAGUGGAUUUUUAGGAUUAUUCAAAAGAGACCAACAAAUAGCUGUUAUUUCAGAAAAUAGUGGUGAUAUUGUUGGAUUUUCAACUUCUUUAUCAAUAGUUGUAUUACUAGUAUUAUUGUUUGAGUUUAUUUAG